AUGACAACACCGCCGAAUUUUAACAGUGUGGCUAUGUUACCUGGUGCGUCGUAUUUCUAUCCAACAACGGCAUCACAAGCAUCACCCAAAUGGCUUACCGAUGGAAAUCAUAAUCAUUAUCAUCUUCAUCAUAAUCAUCAUCAACCGAAUUCGGAUGAUCAAAUUCCACGAUUUGUCAGUUCGAGUGGUUUUCGAACUUUACCAGCAACCGAUCAUCUUAAAUAUUCUGCCGAUGUUCGAUGGCCUUCCGAAUUUGCUUAUUCGAUACCAGGUAUUCAUCCAGCUGCAGCUGCAGCAGCAGUCGCUUCAGUUACUCCGUCUGCAUCUGAAGCAUAUCCUACUGAUCCAUUUCCAUCUACUUCAAUGGCACAAUUAUCCGGCAACUGUUGCUUGAGUCGCUUUGAUAAUACCGGAAGUUGUUAUUAUCCAAAUCCUGUCCUAGCAUCUCCGUAUACUACUCCAACAGCUAAUGAACAUUUUGCCGCUGCGGAACAUAUUGCUCAUUGGAAGGUUCCAACUCUUGCUUAUGCAUCAUUAAAUGGCAAACGAUCAGCGACAAUUCGCCUCCAACAACAGCAAUCUACUUCACCACCAUAUCGUACAGGUCCCGGUACUAAUAUAAACACACUGGCAAGAUACUUAUAA